UAGUGUUUGACAUUUGCUCGUGAGCUAGAAAAAUUACAAUUUUUGACCGGUUACUGUGCCUAAUUUGUAUCGAAAAGUUAUUCGCUUGGUAAAUAAUAGUGGUCUUUACCGGAAUCGCCUACAACCAGAACACGAACUUUAUCUAUGGCGGCCAUAAACCGUAAAGUUAUUCAGUGAUUAACUCCAACCUAGCUCCAGAGGAAGAAAAACAACACUGCUUCAAGCAGGCACCGUCGUUUCAUCGGUGGAAAUUUGUGAGAGAGCGGGAGAGUACGAUAGACGCGUGAAGAUUCAUUUGGUCGACAGAUAAUCAACAGUCUCUGCUGUGCUGUCAAUCGACUUCGGGAACACUUCGGCUUGUUUGUGUUCAUGCGGAACCGGUUCUAAAGCAUAUCGAGGGUGUAUGCGAGAAAAGGAAAGCAAGACCGCGAAGUAGAUGCUUGCUAUAGCUCGGAUGAAUUAGUCUCGUCUCAAGCCGAAUAAAUUCUGAGGACGCACCCCAACACGUGUGUGGGCGGGUUGUUCACUACAAUAUUUCCUUAUUUUAUCGUCCUAAGUUAAACUAGUACUUUUCGAACGACCAAGCCAGCAUGAGCGAUCAACGGUACGUAACGGAAAUACCGAGCAGUUUGAAGCAGCUCGCACGUUUCGUUGUGCGAGGCUUCUACACCAUCGAGGAUGCACUGGUGGUGGACAUGCUCGUUCGUAAUCCCUGCAUGAAGGAGGAUGAUAUUUGCGAGCUGCUGAAAUUCGAGCGAAAGAUGCUGCGCGCGAGGAUCUCGAUUCUGAAGAAUGAUAAGUUUUUGCAGGUCCGGUUAAAGAUGGAGACCGGUCCCGAUGGAAAAGCACAAAAGGUGAAUUAUUACUUCAUCAACUAUAAAACAUUCGUGAAUGUUGUCAAGUAUAAGCUAGAUCAUAUGCGAAAGCGUAUGGAAACAGAAGAACGUGAUGCUACUAGUCGCGCCAGUUUCAAGUGUCCUUCCUGUGAUAAAACUUUCACCGAUCUGGAAGCGGAUCAGCUGUUCGAUUUCGCUACCGGUGAAUUCCGGUGUACAUAUUGUGGAAGUACAGUAGAAGAGGAUAGUUCUGCAUUACCGAAAAAGGAUUCCCGCUUGCUGUUAGCCAAAUUCAAUGAACAGUUACAACCUUUAUAUGAUCUGCUAAGACAAGUUGAAGAUAUUAAGCUUGCUCCAGAAAUUCUGGAACCAGAACCUGUCGACAUAGACACCAUUAGAGGUGUCGCGAAACCAACAAAUCGGAUUGCAACGGAGCAAUGGUCUGGGGAAGCUACACGUACCAGUGGUUUUGCAGUGGAAGAAACACGCGUGGACGUCACAAUCGGCGAUUCGGAUGCAGUGGAGACUACAACUCAGCGAAAGGACCGCCCUGUAUGGAUGACUGAAUCUACUGUCAUUUCAAACGAGAUGGACGAAAACUCUGUGGAGUCGAUUCUAGAAAAGGCUGCCUUCACAUCCACACAACCUCCGGCGGUUACGAACAGUACAACCGUAAUAUCCUCUGCACGAAAUCGCAGAGAAGCCGAUGAUAUAAUGUCGGUGCUACUGCAGCACGAGAAACAAAGCUCACGCAGUGCAACGAACGAUGCCAUUAAAGGACUGGGUAUGAACAAUGAUGCUAGCAGUGAUAGCAGCGAAGAUGAAAGAGAUAUCGACAAUACGGAAAUCCCCACGGUGGAAAUUAUGGACACCGACUCGGAUGACGAUAUGCCAACAGUAACAGUAGCCGGUCGACCGUAUCCCUUGGACGAAAUCAACGAUACGCUAAUAGCGGAAAUGACGCCACAGGAGAAGGAAACCUAUAUCCAGGUUUAUCAGGAUCAUUUUAGUCACAUGUAUGAUUAG